AUGUUCCCAGAGAUAGCGGCCUUUUUCGGCCCUUCUGGCCGUUCCCUGACCUACCUACCUACUGGUCAAGUCAGAGACCCUUUUGCGUUCUGCCUUCCCCACUCCCUUCCUGUUGCAGAACCGGAGGAUGGAAGUAACACCAACAGUGGUAACCCCACUGACGAUGGCGACAGCAGCAGCGACGAAGACGACGAUGGCACCGUCAGCAGCAGUAGAGGUGACUCCAAGCCAAAAGGUUUUGGAGCGACAGCAGCGGGAAAGGCCGCAGGCAAGGCAGCAGGGAAAAAGAGCAGUGGAAACCGAAAGGGGGGAGGGAAACGGGUGGGUUCCCUUCAGGGAGUUCCCAGGGGGGUGGCGUCUAGAGCACAAGCCGCCGACCCACGCAGGAGGAAUUUUGAGUCUGUGGCUAGAACAGGCGAGGUGGCCAGGGGAAGUGGAGGAAGCGGGGGUAUCGGGAUGAGCAGAGAGGAGGAGGAGAUGUGGGAGAAGAGUAAGGGGAUGGAUGGCGUUUCAGAUAUGGAUAGCCUUGCAGCACUCUGGUUUUUGGGUCUGCCCAUGCCAGGGAUCCCGGAUGGGAAGGGAGGGAUGAGGGUGCCUAGUGAUGCUGAGAUGUUCGUGCAUGUGUUUGUGAAAGGCUUAGCCAAGCGGCAGAUAGGGAUGAGUGAGGGCGGGAAAAGCGGCAGCAGUGAGAGUGGGAGGGAUGGUGAGAGCGGGGGUGAGAGAAACGGGGAGAAGAAAGGCGAAAUGCUGUUAAAACGUUUCAAGAGCUUUGAGAGAGGGAAAGAUGGGGGUAUCGGAAGGGGAGAGGAGGGGAAGGGGGUCAUGGUGAUUGAGAGGAGAGAUGGUUCUUCUAAAGAAGUUGAUGUGGCAGAGGUUGAGGCAGAGCUUGCAGCUUAUCUUGACUCCGCUAGCAAGAAGGCUGCUGAAGGCCGCAGUGAGCAGAGAGACAUGGGCAUGGAGGCAGAGCGAAAAGCGCCAAGCCCUGGCAUCAAAGACGAGCCCUUGGAUGUGCAAGGCGCUAGCAACGAGGCAGACUAUAAGGGGUAUAACGAGGCAGGGGGAGACGAGGGGGAGUUGGCGGCUGGGUGGGAUUCGAGCCAGGAAGUGAGGGGUGAGAGGGAGGGGGAAAGCGAGCAGAGAGAGAGGCCAGGGGUUGAGUCUAGUUCGGGGGAGGUGGAAAGGAGAAGGGGAGAGGAGGAGGAGGAGGAGAGAAUUGAGGGGUUUGUGCCAAGGGAGGCAGAAGAGAGUGAGGAAGAGGAUAACGCGGGGUGGAUUGCGAUAGAAAAGGGUAAUGAGGUGCGGAUUGGAGUGGAGGAAGGAGAGGCGGAUUCAGCAGAGGGGCUGUCAGAUGUGGAUCAAGGGAUGAGGAUGACGAGGGGAGAUGAUCCAAACGAGCGAGCGCUUGAAAGGACGAGAGAGAGAAGGGAGACCUCUGAGUCUCCUGAACGAAUGAGCAAGGGAAGAGAGACCUUUGAGACGCCUCAACAAGCAGCAGGGGGGAGACCAGAUGUGGAUGAAGGGAUGAGGAGGAGGGGAGAGGAUCUUGAGGCGCCUGUACGGACGAGCGAGGGAAGAGAGACUUUAGAGGCACCUGAAAGAGUGAAAGAGAGUGGAAAGGUGAGACAAGAGGCGGAGAGGGAGAGCAAGGAGGAGGAGAAGAAGAGACUGGAAGAGCAGCAGAGGGUGGAGAGGAAGAGGGAGAGGAGGAGGGCGAGAAGGGUGAUGCUGCUGGCAGCUCAGCUUAAAGAGGCCUUGGAGAGGCAAGGCAAGGUGAUUCUUGAGACGCCUGAAAAAACUGCUCAGUUGAAAGAGGCAAUGGAGAGGCAAGGGGAGGGAAGGCAGGGGGCGAUAGGGCAGGGAGGAGAAGAGAACGUGUGGGAAGAUGGGGCGGGAGAGAGGAGAGAGGGGGAUGGUGAUGGGGGUGAGGGAGUGUUGGGUGAGAGGCGCAGGGAGGGACAGGAGGGAGAGAUGGGCGAAGGCGAGCGACGGAUGGGAGAAGGGGGAGAGUCGAGCGAAGGUGAGAGUGAGUCGAGCGAGGAGUUGGAAGCGGUGAAGAUGGAAUAUGGAGGAGACAAAGUGGGGAAGGUGGAAGGAGGGGGGAAUGGAUUAGGAGCAGGAGGGAGUCUAGAUGUGGAGGAGUUGAGAGUGGUGGAUUUGGGGCAGGUAGCGCUGCUGCUGGGGGCCAUUGAAGGGCUCAAGGAGGUUCGGGAUCUGCCGAAGCUGAUGAGCUGGCUCGGCGGUGUGUCGCAGGGGGAAGGCGGUGAGGUUGGUCGUGCUGAGGUGGAUCAGGCCAGUGAUGACGUGUCACUGGGCAGUGCUGAGGUGUCGCAGGUGCUGUAUGAGCUGGCGAUUGCUGAAGAGAGAGCUUUGGUUGGCACUGGCAAGGGCCUGCGUGCACUUGCUGUGUUUUCCAAGAUGAGGAACGAGCAGAGCAAGGGGCAGAGCAAGGGGGAAAGCAAGGGGCAGGGCAAGGGGCAGGGCAAGGGGAAUAGGAAGGGGGCCGGCACAGAGUGGGGGAAAGGCAGGGGGAAGGGGGGGCCUGAAUGGGGAGUCAAGUGGGGGGAUAAGGGGGGGAGGAAGGCGGGGGAAGGGCGGCCGGCGGGGGAAGGGCGGCCUUCUUUGGCGUUAUGCCACCUGGUGAUGAAGGGGUGCUUGAAGGAGGGCGGGCGGGCGGGGUUGGAGGGAUGCAACGCGCUGGUGGAGGAGAUGUACAGGAUGGGCGGUGAACUAAGACCCACUCCGCUCACCUUCUCCUUCCUGAUCCGCGCGCUGCUGCAAGAGGGGGAGCUGAAGCGAGCACCUCGCGUGCUGCGCGAGAGGAUGCCGCGCAGAAACGUGGUCCCUCGCCUUGAGGACGUGCAUGCAGUCAUGAAGGCCUUGUUGGGGCAAGGCGGAGACGCGGGAGUGGCCGAGGCGAUGAGGAUCAUGAAUGAGAUUCUGGGGGUGAAGGGGGAGGGGUGGCGGAGGGAGAGUACCUUACAGAAGGUCGAACCGAACGAGCUCACCUUCCGCAUGCUCAUCCUCGGCCUGUGUCGCGAGCGCAACCCCAGCAAGGCCGUGUUCUACCUCACUUGCAUGAUGGACGCGGGACUCAUGCCCGAUAGACAGCUCUUCCGCGCCUGCAUGCUCACACUCUCCGCUCUCGGCAUCACCCGCGAUACAUUGGAGUUAUUCGAGCUGAUGCGAGGGACGAGGGCCACCCGUGCGCUGAUAGACGCGGACAUGUGCACGCUGCUGCUGGCGGCGCUGGGCAAGCGCGGGCUGGGGGUCGAGAUGAAACGAGUGGCCUCCCUCAUGCGGAAGAUGGCCAUCCCUCACAGUGGCGAGUCGUACGCGCAGCUGAUCAUGGGGUAUGCACGGGCGGGCAUGUGGGGCGAGGUGGAUGCUUUAGUGGCCGAGAUGGACGAGCAGCCUAGCCGAAACACAACUAUCGCCACCUCAGCUGCUGUUGCUGCUGAUUCCUCCUCCAUCUACGUUGGUGUUGAAGAGCUGGGGAUUGGAGAUGAGCCGACAGUGAGGGACAGCAUGGCGGUGUGCAAUGCGCUGAUGAUGGCGUAUGGGAGGGCGGGUCGGAUGGAGCAGAUGGAGAUGGUGGUCAAUCGGCUCCGGGUGCUGUCGCCAGAUGGCACGCUGCGAUUGGAGUCGUACAACACUCUCCUCGAGGUGUACGCCCGUCGCUGCGCCCGCAACCCAAGAAGACGAGAGAGAAGCAGAGACAGACGCAAGGCCUCUGCUGUUGCUGCUGAUGCGUCUGCUUAUACUGAUACUGAUGCUGAGGGUCCUUCCCCUCCACUAAAAGAAGGUAGACAACCUCAAGCCCAGGGAGAGGAGGAGGAGGGAAAAGAAGCAGACAAGGAGGGAGAUGGAUACGUGGAGAGCGAUUUAGAGGACGAGCAGGAGGGAGGGGAGUGGGGGAGAGAGGAGGCGGAGGAGGAGGAAGAGGAGGAGGAGGUGAGGGCACGGCAGGCAGCAGCGAUGGCGGAUGUGGCACGGGUGGUGAUGGAGGUGGAGGGGGCGGGGCUGCGUCUUUCCAUGCGCUCGUACGCUGCUGUCAUGCAAGCGUUGGGCCUUGCAGGUCACUUUGAUCAGGUGAAAGGGCUAGUGGCAGCAGCACGAGCGCAAGGGCUCUCAUUCUCCCCCCCCGUCUACCGCAUGUUGAUAGACGUGCUCGGGAGGGGGGGACGACUGGGGGAGGCUCUACUGGUGCUGGAGGAGCUGAAGAGGGUGCACCCGGGGCAUGGGAACCUAGCACAUGUUCGCAGCGUUACAAGACGCCCAUCCAGAGCACAUGUUUGCCGUCUUUGCCCUCAUGGCAUCACAGCGCGUGCUGAUGACCCCACUCCCUUCCCCACCCUUCCAAUGCCCCCCCUCCCCACUCUUCCCCUUGCCCCUCAGGCGUUACAAGACGCCCAUCCAGAGCACAUGUUCGCAGUGCUCGCUCUCAUGGCGUCUCAGCGCGUGCUGCCCAAUCGCAACAGCCUGGGCGCCAUGCUGGCAGCGUGUGAGGCUGCCAACUCGCCACGUGGCGCUGCCAGGGUGUACCUCAGCGUGGUUGACACGUGGCGCGACGGGAUUGGUCGGGAGGGAAGUGGAGGCGGUGGGGAGGAUGGGGAGGAGUGGGAGGGAGAGGAAGGGGAGGGAGGGGGCGUGGUCGAUGCGAUUCUUAGGGCUGUGGAAAGAUUUGGUGAUCAAGGGGAGAUGCUUGUGAAAAGGGAGGAGGGGGAGGAGCAGGAGCAGGAGCAGGAGGGGGAGGGGCUGCUGGCAGGGCAGGCAGUGAAGGUGCUGGAGGGACUGCUGGCCAAUGGGAUCGUGCCAUCUGUCAAGUGCUACAGUGAUGUUAUCCAUUGUCAAUCGUCUCUCGGCCAAUGGCAGCAAGCCCUCGCCACCCUCUCCCAAGCCCUCUCCCUCACCAUAACCCCCUACUCCUCCGCCCUCCUCGCCCUCGCCCACUCUCUCGCUUCCUUCGGCAAAGAACAAGAAUCCUACCAAGUCCUUCGUGUCUAUUUCACUCAUGCACGCGCCGUUGACCUAGCUGUGUUCUGGGGUGUGGGAUUACAUGUGCUGGCAGCAGCAGGUGAGGAGGAGAGGCUGGAGAAGAUAGAGGGGUUGGAAUUCAGUGCGGUGACCAGGACAGCGACAGAGACAGCGACGCUGCUGGGAGAACAGGAGCAGCAGCAGCAGCAGCAACAACCGUUCUCCUUUCGAUGGUCCUCCGACAUCCAUUCUAGCGAUAAGUGCGAUGAGAGCGAUCAGGAUGCUGGUCAUGCCCUUCCCUACACCUACUCCAGCGACCUCCUCCUCCUCUCCUCCCUCCUCUCCAUCCAAAUCGACCGGGGGAAUUUCGACGACGCGAUGCAAACUGCGCAGUUCAUAGUCAACGAGCGCCUAGACGAGUACCUCUAUAACGAGUACAUGGAAGAGGACAAUCGAAACAGGGAUAUUAGGGGGGGAGAUUCCUACAGAGGGAUUCAGGGAGGGAGUGUGCUGCGGAAGGCCGACCCGGCCUUUUUCCCUCUGGUGAUCGGGUUUUUCCGGCUGGCGAGGCUGAUUCCGGUGGUGGAGGGGCGGACGAAGCAGCAUCUGUCGGUGCUGCUGCUGCUGCUCAUGUCGCAGGCUGUGCGGUGCGGGGCGCCGCCGCUGGUGUCCGGGUUUCUGGUUUCUGCGUGGGCUAAGGCGAAUCAGGAGGAAGGGCAGUCUCCUGUUGUGAGGGAGGAGGGGGGAGGGAGGGGAGGGAGAGGGGGAGGGCGAGGGGGAGGGGGAAGGGGACGGGGUGGGGGAGGGAGAGGAGGAGGGAAGGGGAGUGGAGUGAGGGGAGCGAAGGGGAGGAGAGCGGGGGGGGAAGGGCAGGGGCAGGUUAGUAAGGGGUUUGGAGGAAGAGGGUUUGAGAGUGAUAAGAAGGGGUUUGAGAAGGAAAAGAAGGGGUUUGGAGGCGUGAGGAGGCCGAAACAGGUGGGGAGGGAGAAGGAGGGGGAAAGGGUGUAUUUCGGAGCGGAGCAAGCAGGAGGGGUGGAGGGGUCGGGGAGUGAGGGAGAGGGAGAAUGGGUGUUGUUGGCCUCUAUGGAAUGGGAGGGUAGCAAUGGUAGUGGCAACGAGGGUAGUGAUGGGAAUGAGGAUGAUACUAGCAGCAGCAGCUCCGCUAGACGGCCACGUGCUGACGUGGAUUCAGACACCGCUGACGUGGAUCCCAGCACUGCUGACAUGGCAGACAAGAAAACCUCCAGCAAGGAAGAUGCUGACCUGGACGAGCUCGUGGACGACAUCGACAGCAACGCAGACCCCGCAUACAUGCACGUCCCACCGCGCAUUCUCGCCGAAUUCCGCUCAUUCCUCACCCUCCCGCCCUGCCCCAUCGAAUCUUCCCGUGCCGUUGCCAACGCCAUCAUCGAUACAGCCUACUCCCUCGGCCUCACCCAAGCGGCUGCAGAUUUUUUCCACGCGGCAAACGAGGCUCGGAUGUUCCCGGACCUGUUUCGAGUGGAACGGGAUUCGCUGGUGCUGUCGCUCAGGCUCGUGUCGCCGGCCGGGGCUGAGGUGGUGGCUGCCGGAUUCUUCUGCCUCUGGUGCGAGAAAUCUGGACCGUUGCUCUCGUUGAUCUUGCGUCAAACUGGUCUAGAUUCGCUGGAUGAGUCCGGAAUUACUGAGGGUUUACGGGACCCGAUUCCGGGGUUUAGGGAUCCUAUGGGGGGGGCAAGGGUGGGUGUGGGGGCUGGUUUAGAUCCCGAGUUUGAACUUCUUGAGAAUCUGUCUGAAAUGGGGCGAGCGAUUGGGAGUGGAGGUGGAAGGUUGGGAGUGGGGGGUGCGGGAGUGAGGGAGGUUAGGAUUGAGAUUCCUGGGGAGGAUGAGAGGGUGUAUGAGAGAGAGGGAGUGCGGAUGGGGGUGGGGAAAGCAGUGAAGUUGCUGGAAGUGCCUGGGAAGGUGGAGGAGGGGGAGGAGGCAUGGGGAUGUGUGUGGAGAUGUGGGCGUACCCUCCCCGUUUCCCCUCCCAUCACCCACUUCGUUACAUUCUCGCUCGCCCUGAAACGCCCUCUCGUCGCCCUUGCUUUCUCCCCUCCCGUCACCCACCUCGUCGCCUAUGCGCUCGCCUCGAAAUCGAGGCGCAAUCUCGUCGCCUACCACGUCUCCCCUCCUAUUACCCACAUCAUCGUCGUCACCCUAAGCCCGCAAUGCCCUCUCGUUGCGCGCAGUCGACUCUCCUCGCCCAUCGCCCUGGCGCUGGCCUUGAAACGCUCUAGCGGCUUCCUUCUUCACUCCCCUCUCAUUACCCACUUCGUCGCCUUUGCGCUCGCUCUGAGCCGCCCUCCCGUUGCCUAUCAUCUCUCCACUCCCAUCCCGUCGCCCUCGUGUUCCCCUCUCAUCUCGCCCUCGAAACGGGCUCUCCGUUUUUGCCGCCCUCUCUCAGGCCCAAACUCACUUUCUCCCCUUCCCGUCACCAUCGAGCUUACCUUCUCCCCUUCCCCCGCCAUCGCGCUCACGUUCUCCCCUUCCCCCGCCAUCGCGCUCACGUUCUCCCCUUCCCCCGCCAUCGCGCUCACGUUCUCCCCUUCCCCCGCCAUCGCGCUCACGUUCUCCCCUUCCCCCGCCAUCGAGCUCACGUUCUCCCCUUCCCCCACCAUCGCGCUCAUCUUCUCCCAUCUUCGCACCACCUUUGCGCUCAUGGUCUCCCCUUCUAUCACCUUCGCGUUCAGAUACUCCCCUACCUUCUCCCAAGCACCACACGUUCUCCCCCCCCCUCGCCAUCGCGCUCAAGUUCUCCCGUCUUCGCAUCGCCUUCGCAAGCAGAUUCUCCCCUCCCAUCUCCCUCGUUCUCACGUUCUCGUCUCUCAUCGCCUUCGCGCUCGCACCUCCCGUCCCUUCCUGUUGCCCUCGUGUUCUCCCGUCCCGUCCCGUCGCCUUCGCGCUCGCACCUCCCGUCCCUUACCGUCGCCCUCAUGCCCUCCCAUCCCCAAUGCCCCUCCCAUCACCCAACCAGUAACCUUUGCCCCCUUAUUCUCUCCCCUCGCGUUCGUGUUUCCGUCGGCCUCUCACUCUCCUCUUCCGACUCCUUGA